CUUUGUACUAUUUUGUUAUUGUAAAGAAAUCCCAAGAUAGUGUCUUAAAAAAUACCAAGAAUUAACAUUACUUCUGUGUUUUCAAAUUUACCAAUGCUAUUUUUAGCGGCCCCCGAAAAGGGAAAAAGACGCUAUUAGUUUUGUGCGAAAUGUCUGUCCGUCCGUCCCGUUUAGAUCUCGUAAACUAGAAAAGAUAUUGAAAAUCCGACAUCACAAUAAUUUAGACCAUUCAAAGUUCUGAUGCAACGGCUACUUUUUUUUUCUGAAAGCAAAAAAUCUAAUUUUUAAAAUCAGUUAUGCAAGCAGUUUUUUAAAGAGAAAAAGCUAAUUAGUAUGCAUUAUAAGUUAGACCUAAUUCAAAAUGAAUAGUAAUCUUAUAAACGUCAUUUUUCUGAACAUUUUUUUUUAUUACGGAAAUUUUUUUUUUUUUUUUUGCGGAUUCGAAUAAGAGAGUGAGCCUUUUUCAAAACAAUUAGAUCAAUUAUAAGACAUCAGUUAGGCCUGGGGAGGCCAGGUGGCUGAGCGGUAAAGCACUUGGCUUCCAAACAGGGGUUCCCGGGUUCGAUUCCUGGUGAAGACUGGGAUUUUAAACUUCAGAAUCUUUGGGCGCCUCUGAGUCCACUCAGCUCUAAUGGGUACCUGACAUUAGUUGGGGAAAACUAUAGGCGGUUGGUCGUUGUACUUGCUACAUGACACCCUCGUUAACCGUAGGCCACAAAAACAGAUGAACUUUACAUCAUCUGCCCUAUAGACCACAAGGUCUAAAAGGGGAACUAGUUAGGCCAGGUUCACAUCUAACUUUACAUUCACUUUCACCUAUCCUUUGAUCUGCGGGACCGUUGGGGCACUACACAAGAUCUGUUAACCUUCUUUCUCCAUUCUUAUCUCUCAUUUGUCUUUGAUAUAAUUUCAUAUUUGGAUGUUCUUUCUGAAAAUAUUGAAGCCUGCCUGGGUGGACCUCUUCGGGGGCCGAUUUUGAGUUUGUGUUUCCACACAAACUGUCUUUUGUAACCUUGUUUCUUUUAAUUUUGACUUGGUUUCAAUACAAUACGUUUCUUAUUGUUCUGUCUUCUUUUUAAUUGUUAAAAUCUAAAUAUUGUCUAUAUCUAUUCUGAAUUAUUCUGAUAAAGAGAAUCUAAAUUUAACUAGGCCUACAAUAAGUAUCAGCACAGUUUAUUACCAAUAUUUAAUUGACCUUUAUUGCCUUUAAGAACCUUGUCAUAUUAAUAUAGUAAUUAGUCUAGUUCUAGCAGUUAGAUAAUGCGUCUAAUUAAUAGACUUAUUAGGACUAGAUGAUACCAGUAUAGCUAGAUCUAGCAUAUUAUUUAGCUUCAAAAAUAAAAACAAACAAAAACCCAAAUCGGAGAGAAAACCCAAGAUACAAGAUUACAGUCUAAACAAUAACAAAGAUGGCUGCCCCUUGAAAUCCUGCAGAAUUACCUUUUUUUUUUUUUUUUUUUUUUUUUUUUUUAUAUACACAUCUUCACUAUUUUAGAUCUAAAUCUAGACUAGAAUCUAAGAAUAAAUUAUAAUUUUAUUAAUACAAGUUCAAUAGGUCUAAAAUACUUCAGAAAAUGGUAAGAAAUUACCAGAGAAAAAAACUCAUAGGGGCUCGUAUGGACAACAAAACUUGACUGAAGCUUUAAAAGCUAUCGCUGAUGGGAUGCCACUUAAUACUGUCUCCGAAACAUUCAAAAUCCCAGCGAAAACAUUAAGGUGACACAGAGACACCAAAGUUCAAAAUUCCUGUAGCUCUUGUACUUGGCCGUUAUAGAAGUGACUUUAGUAAAGAUCAGAGUUGGACUUAGUUGAACUCAUUACUAAAAGGAGCAAUCCCUCUUCGGACUAAGCACUCUUGAUGUGCAUAAAUUAGCCUACGAAUUCGCUACAAAAUUAGGCAUUAAGCACAGAUUCAACACUGAGGCCAGAAUGGCUGGAAGAGAUUGGCUUUAUGGGUUUUUAACUAGACACCCACGACUGUCAAUACGCAAACCUCAGUCUUUCUCUAUUUCAAGACUUGUUGGAUUUAACAGACCGCAAGUCAGUGCUUUCUUUACUAUAUAUAUAUGAAUCUUUUAAACUGCCACAAUUUUACUCCAGACAAAAUCUGGAAUAUGGAUGUAAAAAGAAUUUCAACAGUACAGAAACCAGUCAAAAUUAUUGGCAGCAAAGGAACUCGACAAGUCGGCAGGGUGACAAGUGCAGAGCGUGGUCAGACUGUUAGAGUUUUAUGUUCCAUGAAUGCUGCUGGAACAUAUAUUCCUCCAAUAUUCAUAUUUCCAAGGAAUGGUGGAUUCCUUGAUGAAUGGCUCUGUUCCUGCAUCUAAACUCUAAAGGAUUGUGCACCCCAAGUGGUUGGACUGACAGUGAGUGUUUUAUAAACUGGCUGAAACAUUUCGCUGCAUUUGUAAAACCAAAACCCAAUGACAAGCACUUAAUUUUGUUAGAUGGCCAUCAAAGCCACAAAACUUUGGAAGCUGUCAAUUUCGCCAGAGAAAAUGGUAUAGAACUGCUUACAUUUCCACCCCACUGCACACACAAACUACAACCAUUGGAUAGAACAUUUUUUAUAAGUUUAAAAUCUGCCUACAACGCCUCUUCUGAUUCGUGGAUGAGUUGCCACAAAGGGCGCAGGAUUACGAGCUACGAGGUGGUGUCAAUUUUUUCAAAAGCCUAUGUAAAGGUAGCAACAAUAGAAAAGGCCAUGUUGGGGUUCUCUUGCACAGGUUUGUGGCCAGUAGAUGCAGACAUUUUUACAGACAGAGAUUUUGCCCCAUCUAGUUUAACAGAUGAACCACUGCCCAUUUCAGCGGAAAUUAUUAGCCAGCCUGAUGAACCACCAUGUGAACUCAUAGGUAAUCAAAAUUGCCAGCCCGAUGAACCACUCUGUGAACUUAAUUUAGGUAAUGAAAAUUGCCAGCCUGAUGCAGCAUCUAACUGUGCAUAUCCUCCUACACAACUCACUUCUUAUUCAGGCAAAUACUCUGAAGGUCCCAGUGCGUCUAGUUCCCAAACCAUUUUAAAUGAAAUUAUUGGACCAUUUCGGGCAGCUACGCCAAGGGUCAGAAAAAGAGCUGCAGAAAAGGCGACAUUAUUAACUGUCUCGCCUUUCAAAAAGAGACUUGAAGAAAAAAAGAUAUCUGUACGUCGUGUUUCAAAUAAGGUUGGUGGUGCUGCUUCCCAAACAACAAAAAAAAAGGGAAAGGAAAGGUAGCAAAGCAAACAGUCCCAGCUGUUACUCCUUGUAGUAGCUGCUUCAGUGCUUUGAGAACUUCUAUGGUGAUACUAGUGGGCAAACUUGGAUACAAUGCCAAAAUUGCCAACUUUGGUACCACAAUAGCUGCUAAGGCUUAGAGGAAAAUUUUGUUGGAUCAUUUUUUUGUAUUGUCUGUGACAAUGAAUAAAUCACUCAAAAUAAAUUUAUAAUUAUUAAAUACUU